AUGACUGAAACAUGUAGUGCCAUUCUUCAAGGUAUGAAAAUCCCAGUGAAAAGGAAAGAUAUGGGAUCAGUUACUAUUCCAUGCACUAUUGGUGAUAGAAAAUACAAGAACGCUCUGAUUCACUUAGGAGUAAAUGUAAGCUUGAUGCCACUAUCCAUCUACAAGAAAUUAGGCAUUGGCACCGUUCAAGAUACUCGGAUGACACUUCAGUUUGUUGAUCGCUCUGUUAGGCGACCAUAUGGAAUUGUGGAAGACGUUCUUGUAAAAAUUGGAAAGUUUGUUUUCCCAGUUGACUUCAUCAUUCUGGAAAUGCCCGAAGAUAAGGAGAUUCCUCUCAUAUUGGGCAGACCAUUCUUGGAGAUAGGACGAUGUAUGAUAGACAUAGAGGAAGGAACAAUGACCCUCAAAGUCUAUGAUGAAGAUCUAAAGAUAGAUGUGCGGAACACGAUGCAAUACAAAGAUGAUAGUGGCACAAGCCACACUAUAGAGAUGAUAGAUCAAGUAAUUGCUCAAGAAAUUGAAAAGAAAAUGCCUCAGUCAUUGUUAGAACGUGUUUUGAGUCUAUAG